AUGUGCCCUGUGCCAUGCAAGUGUGCCACCAACAUUAUUGACUGCAUGUCAAAAGGCUUAACUGUAGCGAAACUACCAGUUGCUUUCCACCCUUCGGCUGAAAUGAUCCACCUUGGUUACAACAAGCUCACCUCUAUUCCCAAUGGGCUCUUUGACAACCUAAAGAGCCUCCAGGUAGUCUACUUGCAGGGCAACCCUUGGGAAUGCAACUGUGACAUCCUCUACUUGCGCUCCUGGAUCCAGUGGCAGCAGAACCGGACCUUAUACAGGGAUGUGAGAUGCAGCUCCCCAGCGCACCUGCAGGACCGGAUCAUUGCCUAUCUGACAGAAGAUGAGAUCAUCUCCACAUGCCAGCACUGGUACUGCAGCCUGGCUCUUCUCUCUCAGCUCUGUCUCCUCAUCCUCCUUUUCCUCCAAGGUAUCUUGGUUAUCCUCAUCAUUGUUUACCUGCAGAAAUUUCGGAGAAUGACCGUUGAAGCCCGGAGUACCUUUUAA